AUGGCAGAGUUCGGAGCUCCGAAUUAUAAGGCCACAGGUCCGGCGGCCAAAGACGGCUUGCGAGAGAUGCCGUACCGCAAAGGUCAGAUUUACAUACGGUCGACUCAGUCUCCCAGCUCUGCUACCACUCCAAAGCGUUCGGACCAGGGACCUGGGCAGAGUUUCUCAGAAGAAACUCGGAUCGAUUGUAGUGUCGACCCUAUGGAUCAGUUCGGAGGCUACAACACCGACUUCCAGCAACUGCUUGGGUCCUCUGCAGGUUGGUCCGAUAUGAGCCACCCAACAGAGAGGUCAGCACAGCAGCAGUACAUGGACUGGAGGGCGGUCGACCCUACGCUUGGCUGGACGGCGCAAGUGAGCCCUGCGACAUCCCUCGAACUAUCUGGGGCACUCCCAAGCGCGCCCACAACCACAUCAAAUACGUCGGCCCAUCACAACACUGGGCCACCCACAUCGACAGCCGAGCAGCAGUCAUCCCUUUCGAGCCUCGGCCUCUUCCCUUUGAUCACCAGCGCAGACGAUCUCUCCUGGCAGAAUCAGCUCACCUCGCAGGGCUGCCAGUGCCGCACAGGGCUCACCCUGCUCAUCCCCGGCAUCAGAGCGGCUCUGCAAGAGCGGCGGCUCGACGGUAUCUUCCAGGUGGCGAACGACGUGAUCAAGCAGUGCCAGGGAAUCGUGAGCUGUCAGAGCUGCAAAUUAAACUGUACCGACCUCAUCUGCAUUAUGGCUGUCUUCCAGGAGGCGGAUGCCUGCUUUGUCUACAUUGCGAAGGACGACAUGGACGAGCGGGCUAUCAACAUCAACGUCAGCAUGGGCUCUUACGCGAUUGAGGCGGAUGAGGAGGACGCUAAGCUGUGGAGGAGGAUGCUAGUGACUCAGUUGGUGAGGCGGGCCAACGGGCUGCUGGACUCCAUCAGCGCAAGGGGCCAGGAUAUGUUGAAGGUGUUGGAUCCGGCGUGUCGGUUGGGGAGGGUGAACAUCGAUUACUUGCAGGCCGUCAUUGGGAACUCCAGGGAAAAUGUCCAACAUGUCAUGGAGGGGUUCCAGGAUGACGCGAGGACGGUAGAGUAA